ACCGCACGCUGCUGCGAGAAGCAAGGUAUAAAAGAAUGUGGUCGUUGAUACGGAAGAGCCGAACGAUGACAUGCUCAUUGCUCACUCUAUCCCUACCUCUCUUUUAUAACUCAAUUUCAACAAUCUACAGACCUGCUCGCUCCCUCCGCAACCCUCUCGUCACAACCUCAUCGGUUUUUCUUGCCCCAAUUUCGAGCUCUGCAAUUCGCGCGUUUUGUUCGAAAUCCAGUGAAGCUAGAGGAAUGGCUGAUAGAGCGGUUUUAUCCAUUCACAAUCCGGAUUCUAUUUCUUACCUCAAUCAGCGAGAAGCUGCCGAGAUUGACGAGAUACUCAUGGGGCCGCUGGGGUUUAGUGUCGAUCAGUUGAUGGAGUUGGCCGGGUUGAGCGUAGCUACAUCCAUAGCUGAGGUUUACAAACCAGGUGAGUAUGGCCGUGUUCUUACAAUAUGCGGUCCAGGGAACAACGGUGGUGAUGGUCUUGUAGCUGCUCGUCAUUUAUAUCAGUUUGGAUAUAAACCAUCUAUUUGCUACCCCAAACGUACUAACAAGCCUCUAUAUAAUGGCCUGGUUACGCAGCUGGAGUCUCUCUCAGUUCCUUUCUUGUCUGUGGAAGACCUGCCAUCAGACUUGUCAAAGGACUUUGACAUUUUAGUAGAUGCCAUUUUUGGGUUCUCCUUCCAUGGUGCCCCAAGGCCACCUUUUGAUGAUCUGCUUCAAAGGCUGGUUUGUUUGCAUGGUAGUGAUCAAACACGCCAAAAGGCCCCAGUUAUCGUUUCUGUAGAUAUUCCAUCUGGAUGGCAUGUUGAAGAAGGGGAUGUUGGGGGAGAAGGAAUUAAACCUGAUAUGUUGGUUUCUUUAACUGCUCCUAAGUUGUGCGCAAAGAAAUUCUCUGGUCCUCACCACUUUCUUGGGGGUAGAUUUGUCCCACCAUUUAUUGCUGAUAAAUAUAAGCUUCGUCUUCCACCAUAUUCUGGUACUGCUAUGUGUGUGCGAAUCGGGAAGCCUCCACAAGUUGAUAUAUCUGCACUUAGAGAGAACUACAUUUCUCCAGAAUUCCUUGAAGAGCAGGUUGAGGCUGAUCCUAUUGAUCAGUUUCGUAAAUGGUUCGAUGAUGCAGUUGCUGCUGGCUUACGGGAGCCCAAUGCUAUGGCCUUGUCAACUGCUGGAAUGGAUGGAAAACCCUCAUCACGAAUAGUAUUACUGAAAGGAGUUGAUAAGGAUGGUUUUGUCUGGUACACGAACUAUGAAAGUCGAAAGGCGCAUGAAUUAACGGAAAAUCCUCGAGCAUCACUUCUUUUCUACUGGGAUGGUCUUAAUCGACAGGUAAGGGUGGAAGGAUCUGUGCAGAAAGUUUCUGACGAGGAAUCUGACCACUACUUCCAUAGCCGUCCUCGAGGAAGUCAGAUUGGAGCAAUAGUCAGCAAACAGAGCGCUGUUGUUCCAGGGAGGGAUUAUCUGUAUCAACAAUACAAAGAAUUGGUGGAGAAAUACUCUGACGGAAGUUUGAUUCCAAAGCCUAAGCAUUGGGGAGGAUAUAGGCUGAAACCAGAAUAUUUCGAGUUUUGGCUAGGACAACAGUCUCGCUUGCAUGACAGGUUGCGAUACUCUCCUCAAGAUGUUGAUGGGAAGAAAGUAUGGAGAAUUGAGCGGUUGGCUCCCUGACCAUCUUCAUCUUCUUUGUUGGAUUGGCUGGAAGCCCUAUUUUCUCAGCCACCAAUCAAACAUUUUAUUAACCAUUCUCCCAGUGGAAUUCAUUUUUCAAACCCUCCUUGAUUGUGGGCUACCUUGAUUGUUGUUGCAUAAAAAAGACUAGGGCCACCAUUCUCCAAAACAAAUUGUACGGCGGGUGGUUAUUAUGAUGGUUACUUUAUUAGUGGAUCUGGAAAACUUUCCCUCCGAUACUUGCCCUUGAUAUUUGAUAAUGCGGGUUGGGAUUUGAGACAGAGACGUUUAAGCACGAUAACUACUAAUAGAUUGCCUUAUUGCAAUCAUGACCCAUUGGCAGCAUCCAAAUUUGUGUGUUGAUCUGCAUUUGGUAUAUCUCCUUUGAUGUGUUAUCUUUUUUUACCUGUUUUAUUUAGAGAUGUCAAUGGAAAUUUCUAUAUGAUCUUGAUCUAGCAAGACGAAUUUUAACUAUUUUUAACAUACAGUAUGCAAGU